CAAAACAAUUAGCCAUGCAUAUACAAGCAGGCACAACUCGCCACAUACCCCAACACCAAAACUAUUAGGUGUAAGCAAAAUCGUGCAAAUUCAUGCAGAAGAGAAGCCAAAUGGCUCACUACUCUUUACAUUCACGUUUACGUGUCAAUCCCAAACCUCAAACUCUCUGCUAUAAAUUCCAACCAUUUCCAUUCACCGCUUCACAUCGAUCAAUAUCUAGUAUACACAGUAUAGUACACAAAAAUCGCCAUGGCUAAACUUUCUUUGCAUUUUCUCAGUUUUACCUUGCUCUUUCUCUUUGGAGGCUGCCUUGCCCAGUUGGGCAGCCAGCAACAAUUCCUAUGGCAAAAGUUGCAGCAGCAGCAGCAACACAGGCUGAGGGCCAAAACUGAUUGCAGAAUUGAGAGACUCACCGCUCAAGAACCAACUCGGAGGUAUGACUCGGAGGCUGGAUAUGCUGAGUACUGGGACCCGAACAACAAGCAGUUCGAGUGCGCCGGUGUUGCAGCUGUUAGGACUUCCAUCCAAAAAAAUGGCCUAUUCUUGCCUCAUUACAAUAACGUUGCUCAACUCAUCUAUGUAGUACAAGGAAAGGGUCUUCUAGGAGCUGUAAUUCCGGGUUGUGCUGAGACAUUUGAAACAGAAAUGCGGCAGCAGGAGCAAGGAUCGGAGAGUCAGAAGCAAUUUUUCGACCGACAUCAGAAGGUUCGACAAUUCAGACAGGGAGAUGUUCUCGCCUUGCCAGCGGGUAUAACUCUUUGGCUUUAUAACAAUGGGCAAGAGCCACUUGUUACUGUGUCACUUCUUGAUACUGCUAACGAAAUGAAUCAGCUUGAUCUCCAAUUCAGGAAUUUCUUCCUUGCUGGAAAUAGGAAUCCGCAACAAAGCCAAGGCCAGCAACAAGAAGAGAGUCAAAGCGAGGGUGAGAGCCCAAUUAACAACAUCUUCUAUGGCUUUCCUGAUAAAGUUCUGGCGGAUGUUUACAAUGUAGAGCCAGAAACAAUUAGGAAAUUAAAAGGUGAACAGGAUCAGAGGGGUCGAAUUGUGAAAGCUGAGAGGUUCAAUGUUGUCCUCCCACGGGAAGGACAAGAAGAGGAGCAGGAGGGCCAGCAAGGGCAAGGAGGACGAAAUGGCUUGGAGGAAACUCUGUGCACUCUGAGGUUGAGGGAGAACUUAGGUCGCCCAUCACGUGCUGAUGUUUACAACCCCCGUGCUGGCCGUCUCGCCACCCUCAAUAGUCAAACACUUCCCAUCCUCAACUAUCUGCAGCUUAGUGCAGUAAAAGGAGUCCUGUACAGGAAUGCGAUAAUGGCUCCUCACUGGAACGUGAACGCCCACUCUGUAAUCUACAUAACCAGAGGAAGCAGCCGCUUACAGGUGGUGGGUCACUCCGGGAAUCUGGUUUUCGACGGCGAGGUCAAAGAAAAUCAGCUGAUUAUAAUCCCACAGAGCUUCGUCGUGAUAAAGAAGGCCGGGGAUCAAGGCUGCGAGUGGAUAGCUUUUAAAACUAAUGACAAUGCAAUGAUCAGCCCACUUGCAGGAAGGCUGUCGGCGUUCCGGUCGAUGCCAGUAGAUGUGUUGGCGAAUGCAUAUCGAGUUUCGAAGCAAGAAGCCCAGGUUUUAAAGUUCAGUCGGGAUGAAUCCACACUUUUCAGUUCCAGUUCUUCCAGCAUGUCACUUGAGAAGCCCAAGGCAAUGGAAUAUGCUAGGGAUGUGAUUGAAACUGUAAUCUAAAAAUAGAAUGGCUGCUGCUGUUAAUGUUUUAAUUCUCUGUUACGAAAAUAAUUAAGGGCUGUGGCCUUUACUUGAACUCUGUAAUCCGGCAGCUGUAAUGUGGUUUUCCUUCUGAGUCAAUAAAGUUGUUGCAAUGCGUUAUACUUAACAA